UGCUAAACAACAAAGAAGGCAGUGAUUGGCCAGAUUCUUGUCCAUGGUCUGGUGGCAAAUCUGACAAACCUUAAUGUUUUUGUACUAAGAUCUAUCAGGACACAUUUAGGAAAAGAAGCUUGUUAUUAUGUAUUAAAGUAAAUAUUUUUUAUUCCUAGAUUGGGAGCUGGAAUUGGGUCUUUUCAAUUUUUCCAAAGCUCUCUCCAAAUCCAUCUCAACUGGACAUCAUGACGGAUAUUCCAGGGACAUUCAGUCCAGCUGAAUGUAAUGGGGAUACAUCACCUGAAAGCAGUCAACAAACACUAACUAAAAUCAAUGAAGAAACAAGUGACAUGGAUGGCAGCCCACCAUACUACAAGGUAGACCCAAAUCCAGAAGAUUUACACACAGAGGAAAAUCAGGAGGAAAUUGAAAAUUUACAAGACAAUAUGCAUCUUAAUAUGUCCAUGGAGGAGAAGAUUCUAGAAGAAAAUCCUGAAGAGAAUGUCUUUAUUGUUCAUAAGGCCAUCACAGAUCUUUCUCUUCAAGAAAUGGGUGUUGAUGAAAGGCCUUUUAGAGAAGGGCCUCAGUGGGAGAAGAUUCCUCUGACUGGCAGUAAUCAGGAAAUAAAUAGACAAAAGGAAAGAAUUACUGAACAACAUCUAGAAGAGGGAGAAGAUGAGGAUAGGAAGAAGAUAGAAGAUGACCAGGCAACUGAAAUUGAGUGGCUGGGAUUUCAGAAAUCUCAUCAGAUUGACAUCAUACGUUCUAAACAUGAUGAAGAGCAAGAGGUCUGGGAUGAAGAAAAUGACAACGAUGAUGAUGAUGGUGGUGGUGAUGAUGAUGAAGAAGAAGAUAUAGUCCGAGAGAUAGAAUUCAAGAAAAAGAAUGAAGCCAGUUCUCCUUUUACAGUAGUUGAUGCAAAUGAGAAUUCCCCACUUAGCCCUCGUUCUCCAUCCGUGACACCGGAUGAGCAGCCUACUUUUGGGAAGAAAAGUGAUAUCCCCAGAAAUUCUUAUUCAAGAUACAAUACAAUAUCCUAUCGAAAAAUCCGGAAGGGGAAUACAAAGCAAAGAAUUGAUGAGUUUGAGUCGAUGAUGAAUUUAUAAACUAAAUGGACUGAGAAGUACUCAUGCCCACUAAAGCAAGCUAAUUCUAUUAUCUUGAGAUACAUCUUGUAUGCCUUAUUUGAGUCAUCCCAUUUAUGCGGUGGAUGCUGUUUAACUAUAGAAUAAUGUAACAUAACCCUAGAUGAAAUUUCAUCUGGUAACCUCAAAUCAAAAAAUGUUCAGAUUCAUUUCUAGGCAUUCACUAAUAUGUGUGAUAAGCACUAAACAUCCAGACCCACUGGGAAAUCUGGCAUUUGACUUUAUAGUAGUAAUGCUGGCAAAUGUAGUUGUCAAAUGAAGGAGAGAACUACUUUAAAUAAUUUCUAUAUUCCUUUUUGUGUUUUCUUCCUCCUGUGCAUUAAAGCUGAUAGAAAGUUUGUUAUUAAACU